UGAGAAAGCGCGAGUGGCGAGUCAGGACGCGUCCUUAGUGCUUGGACGAAGUCGAGGUAAGGACUCAUCUGUUGGUUCCUCCCUAAGAAGAAAAGAAAAACAACUUAACGUUUGAGUAUUUUAGUAUUCGCCGGAUUGUCAGUAUUAGUUGUCUCCUGUCGUCUUGAUCACUGGACGGUCUCCCGAUGUGCGUAAUGAGGAUUUUUCUUCUGUGUGGACUCGCAGCCUCAGGCGUGCUGCAGGUCAGUGGGAUCCGUAUACACACUUCUGGCGAUGUGGAGGCAGUCAACGGGACGGACAUCCGUCUGAAGUGUACAUUCAGUAGUUCCUCAGCUAUCAACCCCAAUCUAAUCAUCAUCUCUUGGAGUUUCAGACCCCUUAAACCAGGUCGAGAAGAAUCGGUGUUUCACUACCAGCUGAAGCCGUUCCCCCCUGAAGAAGGAAUUUUCAGGAACCGCAUCAUCUGGGCCGGUGACAUCAUGGGCCAGGAUGCCUCCAUCAUAAUUCGCGAAGUGAAGUUUACUUACAACGGCACUUACACAUGCCAGGUGAAGAACCCGCCGGACGUGCAUGGCUCAAUUGGAGAGAUUCGACUACGUGUCGUCACGACAGCCUCAUUCUCUGAGCUUCUGCUGCUGGCUUUCGCCAUUGGAGGAGGGAUUGCUGUUGUGGUUCUCCUCCUCAUCAUCAUAGUAUCUUGCAGGAGGUGCAAGAGGAAGAGACAGCGGCGGGAAGGGGAAGUGGAGGCUCCUCGCAAAGAGAGAAAGGAUCCUACUGUAUGCCACCCAAUGAGGUCCAUCCACCUGUACCUAUCACAGACGUCCAUAGAGAUUGACAGUUCAGAUGGAAUGAUCUCAGAGGCCAGCACUAAAGAUCCCAGCUCCGACUCGGACGGCCCAGACUCAGAUGACGACGAUGACGAUGAUGACGACAAUGACUUUUCAGACUGAACAGGUGGGAACAGACAGGGGAUGCCCAUUUGGUACGGGUAGAAUUGCGUCGCGACCAAGUGGCGAGUUAACAAAAUGUGCAACUUUUCCUGGUAAAACCAGCACACAGUCUUCAUGAAUUGAAGGAAAAGCUGACGGAUGUCCUGUUUCAACAAUUUGGAAUAUGCACAAAGAGGUUCAGGGAUCAAAAGUGUUUGUUUCUGCUACCUUUAGAAAUAGUCAUACGAUGGAACAAAGGCUGAGUUAAACCUGCUGAGACAGCAGGUGAAUGUCAAUUUCAAAACCGAUUUUAUAUCCUGUUGGCUGGGAUUGCACUGUUACAUUAGAUUACUUGAAUAAAAAAACUUUUUUUUAUUGCAUAUAUAUUUCACCUGCAAGUCAAAUGGUUGCUGGUGUUUGAGCCACAGUAUGCACAUUCCUUUAUAAAAUAUUAUGAGGGAGUGCACAGUUUUGAUCUGAAAAGCCCUUGAUAGCAAACUGUCCCAGCAAAAUUUUUCUCUCUAUGCAUCACAUCCACUAACACGUGACUGUAAAAAUAAUUUUAUUGUAAUUUUGUACUGAUGGUGUAUUACUGAGAAUUAGCCAUCAAUGACUGUAAGUUUUUAGGUAAUGGCCAAAAUAUUUCAUUGUUUUUUUUUUUCUUUUAUGUGGAUAGAAUACUGUAUAUGUUUGACAUAGAGAUUUUGCUAAUGAUUUUCUAAUAAAAAUGCUUUUUAAAUAUUUUA